AUGGCGUCCAACUACAAGAUGAAAGGGUUCUUCAAGGGCUUCAAGAUCAUCUCCCAGAUCUUCGCGGCCAAGGAGCAGGAGAUGGUGAUCGGCCGGCCGACGGACGUGAAGCACGUCGCGCACAUCGGCUGGAGCAGCUCCACGCCGGGGAUGCUCACGGGGAAUGCUUCUCCAAGCUGGGUAACCAUUUCAGUGCGACCGUACACGCAAAUUCUGGUUCCAUCUGCCUGCCUGAUCACCUUUACUUCCCAGAUGAAUGUCAUCGAGGGGUCGUCUGACUUCUCGUCCUUGGGCUACUUCGCGCCGUCCGCAGGGACGUCCUGGACUUCUCAAGACUUCGAGCAGCAGCACCAACUCCCACGGGACAUGUUGCCUCUCGGGAUAGCUUCAGAGAUCACCGGGGAAGACGUAGCGGCAGCUCCACGCCCUGAUGUUCCACGCCCGCCACCGAGAAAGACAAGGCGAAAGAAGAAAACAACGGUUGGCUCUCUAGUAGAUUCGUCAAUGCCAAAUGAUUCAUCUACAUCAGUCUCGAAGGCAGCUACAGCCGUUACCGAUACCAUUGACACCAGUGGCGUGAUGCAGUGA